UUUUCUUUCUGUCCUUCGUCGUCCUCCUCCAGUCCUCCUUGCGACCGAUACCGACCUUGGGCUCCCCCCAUCCAGAUGGCCGGGCACCUGGUGGUAUCCUGCUGCCUCCCCGGGGCCACCACCUCCUCUCGCGCCAAGGCCGCCGCGGCCUCCUCUUCCUCGCCGCCUAGCUCCAACUUGAAGCCAACCAAUAGCAGGGGGGACCACACAAGAAUCGGCCGAAGAGACUUUGUGCUCAGGAGCAGUGAGCUCGCCACGCUCGCCGCCAUCUUCCACUUCAGUGGCACCAAACCAACCUACCUUGGUGUUCAGAAGAAUCCUCCAUCCCUUGCUUUGUGCCCUGCAACCAACAACUGCGUAUCAACAUCCGAGGAAAUAAGCGACUCAAAUCACUAUGCCCCUCCAUGGAACUACAAUCCCAAGGAUGGCCGCAGGGGUAAACCCGUAACCAAAGAGGAGGCCAUGAAAGAGCUCAUUGAAGUGGUCACUAAAACAAAGCCAGACAACUUCACUCCUCGCAUCGUGGAGAAAACAGACGAUUACGUUUGCGUUGAAUAUGAGAGUCCAAUAUUUGGGUUUGUAGAUGAUGUGGAGUUCUGGUUCCCUCCUGGCAACAAACCAAUCGUUCAGUACCGAACAGCGUCUCGAUCAGGAUUUGUCGACUUCAAUGCCAAUAAGAAGAGAGUAAAGGAGCUGAGAUUGGCAUUGGAAAAGAAGGGCUGGGCUUCAGAAAGCAACUUCUGAAGGAUGGAAGUGGUACUGCAGACCGGGGUCGAUUAUUGGCGGAAUAAGCCUCACAUUUGUCUGGCUCUGGACUACUCCAGUAGAGAGUAGUAAGUAUUUUUCUUUUUACUGGUUAUGGCCUCCUAGGGUUAUGAUCUUGUAUUUUUCUGCUAUAUCAAUAGAAACACACUCGUCGAGUGUUGUUCGUUCAAAAAAAAGUAUAUCUAUACCUAUUACUAAAGAGAGUAAGGUUUCCACCCAAAUUUUUGAUUUGGUACGUUGGUUUGGUUCGUCCGUGUUAUUGACAGGAGGGCCUUAGUCCACUCUGUAUGCGAGUCGAAUCAAUCCCCUCAGUCCAUGACUCGAUCACGUAGAUUCCUACAAAUUAAUACACGGGCACUAAUACGUAUUCGAUACUUAUACUAACUUUGUCCAUAACAACGUACAGCCGUGCAGUCAUCUUCGAUCGGAACUCGGCCGGGCACAGCUUAUCCACCCAUGUUGUCUUCAACUAGGACUCAACCGUGCGUAGCUCCUGCACCCGCGUCACGCCGUGUAAACAAAAAAAAGUCCGACUCUAAGCUCUUGUUCAAGAAUUCGGAUACGAUGGCUUGCCGGCUCGGUCGCCUACAACCUGGUGAUGGUAGCGUGCUUGAGGGCGCACCACGCGGUGGCGAGGAGAAUUGGAGCUGCAGCUGCUGGUGCUUGUCGAUCUGCAUGUUGUGGAUUGGAGCUCAUCUGAUUUGGUUGCUCGAUGGGAAAUAUAAGAGAGAAGGAAGAUUUGGCUUUGUCUGAUCUCAUGAUCUGAUAUGGUUGCUCGAUGGGAAUUUGGUGGUGGUGCUUGUGUUGUUGCUACUAGCUGUGCUAUGCUUAUGGCGAAUAAAAGCAGAUGAAUCUAUAAGAGCUGCUGCUACUGGAGUUUCAUGGAGAUGGAGGCGCGUUGGCAGGCAUAGACGCAUAGGAGGAGGCUGCGCACGCCCAUCGCCGGCAACGUGAAGCGAUAUCAACUUGGUGAUCAAAAAAGGAAGCGCUACAUUGGUCCCCGGCCGGCUUCCUGCUUCCGGACAACACAUUAGGUUACGCAUGUAUUCAAGCUUCUCAGUUGAGUCUAUUUGCUCGUGUUUUCCUCAAAGUCUGUAAUGAGAGUUUCUUUGGUUCAGAAAAAAAAAAUUGAGGACAGUCCAAAUUUAGGAGGAGAAGAAGACCAACUCAUUCUAAUCA